GUCCGCCAGCGAUCGCGAAAAAGAUACCUUUAGCACUCCUUAGCGUCAUUUUAUGAAAAAGAAAUUGUUCGUGUGUAUCAUAAAAAUGUAUAAAAGAUAUUCUGUUGCCGCUUAGGAUAGCUAAACUAUCUGUGAAACACUUACCUAAUUCAACCCACUUGAGACCGGAGCUGCACUCUUGUCAUACCAUAACAUCAGAGACAUAGUUUGAUUCGUUUGCUUUCUUUGCCUUACAUCGGAAUCUUCGUAAGCAUGAAGAGUGCUGCUUUUCUCCUCUUUUUAUCGGCUGCCGCGGCGUUUGCCCCUCAAAGACGAACCCAGUCGUUCAUAUCGUCGAAGAACAUGGGAUACGUGCCUGAUGGAAUGUCACCUGAGGAAUAUCGUAAGCUUCGUCAAAAGGAACAAGAUAAAGUGAAAAACAAGCGCUUCGGUGCUUUCGGACCACAAACUUUCAAGUCUCGAUCCAUGCAGGCCUUCCAGAAGGAUUUAGAGGAAGGCAAAGGCGGUCACUUAAUGCCAGUUUUUAAUGCAAAGGAAAAACUAAAAUCGGGCAAGAUCAAGAAGGAGGAUAUCCCCUAUAUGCAGCGUCUUGGUGCGUGGGACAACAGUGACGUGCAGAACGCGAAGAAAAAACAGUGGAGAGGAUCGGACAAGAAGUACAAUCAGAACGCGGAUCAGGGAGGUAUUGGAUGGUCGGGCAAUACCCCUGUGCGUGGUCCGCAGUCUAUUUCGAAGUCAGAGCAGAAAACUCCGAAGAAGAAGUUCUUCGGACUUUUCUGACGCAUCUUGAAGACUUUCAGUUUGGAAAUAAGAAAUGGGCAGUACAAAGUAAUGUAAUCCAAUUUACGACUCU